AUGACCGAUUCAGUCAACCCCCCGCUCUCAUACGAGGCAUCGGCCACCACAACCCACCCUCAUGUCGCGACCUCCCUGCCAUCUGAGGUGAUCUCGUGCCUCAAAAACUCCCGCUUCCUCCACCUAGCAACAUGCGACAAUCUCACUCCCCACAUCUCCCUCAUGUCCUACACCUAUCUCCCCUCAACCCCCUUCGACCCACACCCCACCAUAAUCAUGACCACGAACCCCGCCUCACGCAAGACCAACCACCUCCUCUCCAAUCCACGCGUUUCUCUGCUUGUGCACGACUGGGUCUCGCACCGCCCGCCAACCCGAGCCCCCAAUCCCAAUGCUGAUGCCUCCGGCGGCCGCGACGGGUCUCCGCCGCCGGCCGCCACCCGCUCUUCGCUGGCGAGUCUCCUGCUCAACUUGAAUACCAGCGCGCUGUCUAGCAUUUCCACCACCAUCACGGGCGAGGCUCGGUUCCUGGCGUCGGGGUCUGCGGAGGAGGCGUGGUGCAAGGAGCGCCACUUGGAGAAUAAUACCUUUGAAGAAGAGGAGAUUAAUACCUUUGGUCAGCAGCAGCAACAGCAGGGCCAGGAUCCAAGUCUGCGCCGCCCGAGUUUGUCCAUUGACAGUGAUGUAAGAGUUGUUACGGUUAGAGUGCGCGAGGGCCGCAUUGCGGACUGGAAGGGUGGUGUCCGGGAUUGGGUGUUGCUUCCGGCGGAGGAACGUGAUACUGCUGGGUUGGUGAAUGGUGUCCCUUCCUCGUAG